AUAUUUAUACAUUGAUGUUUUUGUGCAUUUAGAGACAUCACUAUAUUAGCUUUCCCUUCUCUUCUUUGAUAUCCUAGUCAGUCCAACACAACACAGCCAAAACAAAAAAUGUUGAAGUUGAAGAUGGUGUUGUUGAUCUUUCAAAUCUUCUUUUUGUCUUUCUUAGGUCUUACUGUUGCUGGUCAAGAAUCUAUUCAACUCUUUAAUCUCUACACUGCAACUUCAGAGGCUCCUCAGGCUUCAACUUACUCUGGGCUUGCCGUUUCUGUAAGUACUAGAGACCUCCGUGAGGUCUCAAGAAGUGUUUUAAUGGCGGAAAGUUGGUUAAGGACCUAUGUCCUGGCUCACUACCCCGCCACUGGAAUCGCCACCAUUGUUGUCGGAAACAAUCUUCUUUGCGAAAAAGACCAGGAGCUUAACAAUCUCUCUAUGGUCUUGCCAUCUCUCAAGAACAUUCGUCAUUCCCUCACAAGGUGGGGUUUGGAGAAAGAUAUCAAGGUCUCGGCUUCAAUUUCGUCCUCUUGUUUAAACCCACAUUCCACGUACUUUAAUGGUGAUUUCGCACACAAAUUCACCAAACCAGUUUUGGAGUUCCUUCAGACCGCGAAUUCCACUUACUCUGUGAACCCACCUCCAAAGUUCUCUCCUUUACCUGAUGAAACCAUGAGGUUGGUGUCGUCUCACUCAGAGUGCAUGAAAAAGCUCGGUUUUUCCGAGCUCAACAAGAUCAAUGUGAUCCUCACCAACCCGAAAGAGAGCAAUUACAGUAGUCAUAAUAAACUCAUGAGCAGAAAGCUCACAUCUUUAAACAACCCCAAUUUGGAUGAUCCAUUGCCAACAAGACCAAAUGACCCGUUACCAAAAACUGCUGACCCACCACUCCACUCCUCUGUUGGCUUCUCUGUCCCUUCCAAUGCGGCCAAACACCCCCAACCCCCACAAGCCCAAUUGACUUAUCCUCCUAAAAGUUCCCCUUCACCACCGCAAAUAGCCUCUCCACCACCCCAUUUCUCGUUUCCACCACCCCAUUUAUCUUUCCCUUCCACCCCAGAAAUUGCUCCUGUUGUUUACCCGGCUAGUCCCCCUUACAGCUACGCAUUACCUCCUUGUAAUCCGUCUCAUGCUCACCCAGUUUCCCCGCCCCCAAACAAUGGCCAUGGGAUUAUCCACAAGCUUUGGUGUGUGGCCAAGCCGACUGUUCCGGCAGACACCCUCCAGGCAGCCCUGGAUUACGCCUGCGGAGACGGCGGCGCCGAUUGCAAUGAGAUUACGCCGCAUGGUAAUUGUUACACCCCUGACUCUGUCGUGGCUCAUGCUUCUUAUGCCUUCAAUAGCUACUGGCAGAAGAACAAGAGAAAUGGAGGGACUUGCAGUUUUGGCGGCACUGCUAUGUUAAUCAACAAUGACCCAAGCUUUCUUCACUGUCAGUUUGUUCUCACUUGAAGAUAGCUAUGGAUUGGAAACUCAGAGUCUGGAGACAUUUCUACGAGUUAUUUUGUUCUUUUGAUCCUUUAGUUCGGAGUGGUUAGUUUGGCAGUUUAGAGUGUAUUAUCCUACCUAGCUAUGUAGCAUUCUAUGCACAAAUGGAAAAACUCUUUAUGACAUCUAUUCUCUUUAUGUAAUGUAAUACUCUUCUUUUGCUUUAUUGUCCAGAGGAAUGUCGUUUCUGUUAAUAAUAUGUGCCAGUUU